UACAACAAGGACACACCCCUCCAGCUGCCUCUUAACAACACGCCAUCCAACGUCUAUCUGUCGAGUUCCCCUCCGUCCUUAUGUGCGGCCGGCAGGACUCCAGACCUUCAGUCCAUCCUCAGUGUGAUGGAGGAUGCUGAGAGCUUCGUCUACAUCGCUGUCAUGAACUACCUGCCCACCAUGGAGUUUUCACAUCCUAAAAGGUACUGGGCGGACAUUGACACGCAGCUGAGACGAGUUGCAUAUGAGAAGCGGAUUAAAGUGCGGCUGCUGAUCAGCUGCUGGAACAGCACACAGCCAGUCAUGUUUUCUUUCCUGAAGUCUCUGGCCUCGGUUUAUAACCCCAAGAAUAACCUCGACAUCCAGGUGCAUGUCAUUAGUCACACAUACUUUAUUUUCAUCUGUCCAAUCAGUCAUUCAGAAAAAAAGAUAAUGUGCUUAAAUAUAAUCUGUGGCGUUCUGUUUUCAGGUACAUCCAACUGGUCCGGAGACUACUUUGUGAACACGGCUGGCUCAGCAUUGGUUGUCAACCAGACGGCGUCACAGUCUGUUGAGUCAACUGUCCAAUCACAGCUGAAGGCUGUCUUUGAGAGGGACUGGAACUCGGGCUACAGCACGCCUCUCACCCAGCACUCAAACCUCAAAGACUUCUGUUACUUUUAACAGCAUUACAGACACACAAAGUCAUUGUUUCGGACUUCGACACAGCGCACUUUGAUUUUAGUAGUGAAGUGCGAAAUGUAUGAAAAUUGAUCAGCUGUAAUGUGGAAACCUUUGAGCUUAAAAUCAGCAACAGGCAACCUUUUAGCAGAGUGUUUGCUAGACUGCUGAGGUUUAAUGCCGCACUCUUAUUUCAUCAGAAAAAAGAGAGAAUACAGACAGUUUUUUAAAGAGAGUCCAACAUGUGCUCUGUAUUUUAGGCCCGUUGAAGCUGAUCUGUUAGCUCGAUUUUAUCCAAGCAUCUUUAUCUGCCUUAUGGUCUGUAAGUUUUCACACCAGCAUUCACAUGGAUACAAAAAACAUGAAACUGGCUAAUACUGGCUGGAUAUGUUAAGCUCAACUUUCAACUACAUUUGGUUGGUAUCACAAUGUUAUAAUAUACUGAAGUACUUACAAACCCCAAGAGUUUGAUUGCCAAAAAUAGCACCAAAAAGUUGCUUUUCUUUAUUCUUAAACUGGUACAGAGAUGCCAAUUUGAGGCCAUAUUGUUGUGCACUACAGAAAAAUGCCAAUGGAAGUUGGGAAUAUUCAGCUGAGCUCAGUGAGCUGUGAAAUAUGCCAACUGCAGGACGUAUUUAGGAAUUUUUAGAGUUCAUUUACAUGCACAGCAUGGGCAAAGGUGUGCAGGAUUAGUUUGUAGAUAUUUGCAGAUAACGACGUUAACACGUCUCGCUUUAUAUUUGUCAGUGUGAGCAGGACCUCCUGCAACAAUCUGUGGGUGAAGGUAGCGGUGUCCCUGAUCUUCUCAGCUGCUGAUUUCCUGAUAGAUUAAAUGUAAAUAUAUAUUUCGAUCAGUAAACACUCAGAGUGUGGUGACGGUUUGCAGUCUUGUUUCCUUCUAGGUUACAGUCCACGUGUCUGUGCAGACACUGGUCAUGCAGUGAUGGGUCCGGUGGUUGUGUCUUUUUGUUGUGACGCAGCCUGCAUACAGAAGUGUUUUUCUUUUCUUCAGCGCCUCAAAGACUGCAGCCUUGAGUAAUGAGGGGUAGCUGCAGUGAGUCUGUGUUAUAGAUUGAUAACAUAAAUAAUUCAUUCAGCAUAUUAGUAUUUCUUGAAGUGAGAGGAGUAAAGUUUGUUUAGUCAGCGAAUCCCUCCCCAUAGCUGCAAAGGUUUGUAUGAUCAGCAGCUUUUUGUACUGUCAUAUAUUGUAUAUACCAGGAAAACGUUAUGAUGGGAUAAAAACAUGCACACAAAUGCACACCAUAUCUACUGUUAAAGGUUUUCCAGCAGUGUCGGAGCAAAGGAGUCAGACAUGAAUGUUUAACUUUCAUCAUGUGGUUUCUAUCAUGUACUCCCAAUAGCUGUAGGGGGCGCUGUUUCAGCAUUGGCGUCAGGUCAGUGGUGAACGUCAUGUUUUCUGCUGUCUCCUGCAGUGACUCAUGUAAAGGGAUCAACUCAGUGAAUCACAGCUUCAGCCUCGGUGGGAGUUUUCAUCCCAGUUCAUCUCAGGGAGUUUGAGUGCUUUUGUAAUUUUCUGGAAUUUAAAAUGAUUGAUGCUGAACCAGGUUUGUUGUGCCUGUAAACAAGAAAAUCAUUUAAAAAUCCUCUCUGGACUGCUUUGAAAUAAGCAAUUAAAAGCUAAAGUCUGCAGUGCAUCUAAGGGAAAUAAAAACUUCUUUCAUA